AUGCUCGCGCGAACGCUGCUCCUGCUCCUCGCGGCCGCCGCGCGCUCGAAGAGCUCGAAGAAGCACCGCGACAAGCCGACGAAGAAGCUGAACGUGCUCUGGCUCCUCGUCGACGACUUCCGCCCCCAGACCAACUUCUACGGCCAGGGCGACACGUCUACGCCGCGCCUCGACGCCUUCGCGGCGACGGCCAGAGUCUUCGACCGCGCCUACUGCCAGCUGAGCGUCUGCGCGCCGUCGCGCAACUCCUUCUUCACGGGCCGGCGGCCCGACAGCCUCCGGGUGUAUAAUUUUGUGGACCACUUCCGGAGCACGAGCCCCGAGGCCGUGCCGCUGCCCGAGUACUUCAAAAACCACGGCUACGUGACCUUGGGCGCGGGCAAGACCUACCAGCCGGGCAAGCCGCCGGCCUACGACGUCGGCCGGUCCUGGAGCGCCGAGCUGCCGUACCUGCCGCUGAUGAAGAAUCUGACGAGAUGCAGCCGGAAGAACGCGAAGAGCGGCCGCUUCCUCGACGUCUGCCCCGAGGACUUUGGCGAGGAGGCCUUCAUGGACCGCCUCACGGCGGACUACGCCGUCGAGGCCAUGCGCGUCGCGCGAAAAGUGGAAAAGCCGUUCUUCGUCGUCGCGGGCUUCUACCGGCCGCACCUGCGCUGGCACGUGCCCCGGGCCUUCUACGACCGGUAUAGUGGCACCCUGGGCACGCCCCUGCGGAGCCGGUCGAAGCCCUCGAACAUGCCCGACAUCGCCUGGGCCAACGAGGGCUGCCACACGAUGACGACCGAAGAACACGGGACCGUCGCGGUGUCCAUGGACCGGCCGCUGAAGCGGUCCAUGGUCGCCGAAUUACGCAAGGGCUACCUCGCCUGCGCGUCCUGGAUCGACGAGCUCGCGGGCCGCGUGCUCGACGCGGCCGACGCGGUCCCGUCGGCAAAGGCGGACACGGUCGUGCUCCUGAGCAGCGACCACGGCUUCCACCUCGGCGAGCAGGCGUCCUGGACGAAGCACACGCUCUUCGAGAUCGGGAGCCGCGUGCCCCUGGUCGUGCGCGCGCCGGGCGUGGCGCCCGGGCGGUCCCGCGCGCUCGUCGAGCUCACGGACGUCUACCGGACCUUCGCGGAUCUGGCGGGCCUCCCGGCGCCGGCGCGGGACGUCCAGGGCAAGAGCCUGGGGCCCCUGCUGCGGUCCGGCGCGCCGCACCGCAACUUCUCCGUGACGCAGUACCCGCGGUGCCCGCGCGACUACCGGAAGCAGUGGGACGCGAACUGCAAGCGGCUCACGGCGGCGGAGAUUCCCGUCAUGGGCUACACGCUGCGCGUGGACCAUUUCCGGUUCACGGAGUGGUACUACUGGGUCGCGGCGCCGGCGACGCGCGCGAACGAGCGCUUCGACCCGCCCGAGAAGGUCGUCGACAAAAAACGCAAACCGCUCGCGACGGAGCUCUACGCCCUCGACGACGCGCGGAUCAACGACUUCGACGGCCUCGAGCUCGCCAACGUCGCCGGCGACCCGCGCGCGGCCUGCGCGGUCGCCGCGCUCCGGGCCGCGCUCGCGAUCUUCCUCGAGUGCCAGCACGACGAAGCGGGCUGCGACGACCGCGUCGGCGCGGCGGCGUACCGCGGCUCGACAUGCGUCGACGCGACCACGCGCGCCGACCUGCGGCGGCGGCCCGGCGACGGCGCCGCGCUUUAA